AUGGCAAACUGUUGUGAAGGUCUAUCAAAAGUACUAACAGAUACUUGGAAAGGCUUCUUUAAAUUUAUUAUGCGCUGGCAUAAUUUUUGGGAGGUUCUCCAACACGUGAAAGAAUUUUUUCAUGUGUGGAACCAGAAUUCCACAUGUGAAGACCCUCCCAAAAUUAUGCCAAUGCUUUAUAUGAUUUAUGGGAAAAAUCAAGCUUUAAGAUGCUGCGCUUGCUGAUGGUAUCCAAUCAAAGAAUGCUACUUUUCAUGUUAUAUUUGUUGUGAUAAACGAUAUAACCCAUACAAAGAUGAUUUAUAUGCAGUUGUUUAA